AUGAUGUCCUACAUAAAGCAACCCCAUUACACCAUGAACGGGUUAAAUUUGCCUGGCCCCGGAAUGGAUGUGCUUCACACAACCGUCGCUUAUCCAUGUAAGUGGUCUCUUGGGUUUGCAGCUACACCCCGGAAGCAGCGCAGGGAGCGCACCACCUUCACCCGGACACAGCUGGACAUCCUGGAGGCGCUGUUCUCCAAGACCCGCUACCCAGACAUCUUCAUGAGGGAGGAGGUGGCCCUCAAAAUCAACCUGCCUGAGUCACGUGUGCAGGUCUGGUUUAAAAACCGCCGUGCCAAGUGUCGUCAGCAGCAGCAGCAGAGCAGCGGCCAAUCCAAGCCCCGCCCUCCCAAGAAGAAGGCCUCUCCAGUCCAGGAGCCCAGCGCCCCAGAUCCUGUUCCUAACCCAUCUAGCUCCUACAGCCCCUCUUCUGCUCAGUCAGGCCCCAGCCUGGCGCCAAGCUCCAGCACUGGAAACACAGCUGUGUCCAUCUGGAGCCCGGCCAUCUCGCCCCUGCCCGACCCCCUGGCCUCCUCCUCGGCCCCUUGCAUGCAGCGGCCCUCACCUUAUCCUAUGAGCUAUGGCCAGCCGUCAGCUUACACCCAGGGCUAUGCCAGCACCACCUCCUAUUUCACCGGCUUGGACUGUAGCGCCUACCUGUCCCCCAUGCACUCGCAGCUGUCAGGCACCGGAGGCGCGCUCAGCCCCAUCACCGUGCCCUCAAUGGGGGGCUCCUUAAGUCAGUCCCCAGCCUCGCUGUCCUCUCAGGGCUACAGCACAGCCUCCUCCCUGGGCUUCACCUCUGUUGACUGCCUGGACUACAAGGACCAGCAGGCCUGGAAACUGGGCUUCACCACAAUGGACUGCCUGGACCACAAAGACCAAAACUCCUGGAAGUUCCAGGUGCUCUAG